AUGGUCGGACUGACACAUACAUAUUGUUUCCCUUGGGCACCAAAUCCAGAAUGGUUUCCAUUCUAUGUUGACGGAGCUGAGAUCCUCGAGUAUAUGAACAAAACCGCUGAUGCGUUCCAGCUACGAAGCUAUGUCCAGACUUCGUCCAAGGUCAAAGCAGCUGUCUGGGCGGCAGAGGAGGGUAAAUGGAUACUGGAGGUCGAGUGCGGAGGAGAGAUCAUCCACGAUGAGGUGGAUGUCCUGAUUAAUGGUGCCGGAUUCCUCAACAAUUGGCAAUGGCCAGAUAUUCCAGACCUGCACCAGUUCCGCGGAGAGAUCGUACACAGCGCCAACUGGCAGUCAGUUGAUUGGCAGAACAAAAGAGUUGCGUUGAUCGGCAAUGGUUCUUCAGCGAUCCAGAUAUUGCCUAAGCUUCAACGAACGGCGAAGAGCAUCCAUACCUACAUCCGCACCCCGACUUGGAUCAUUCCAGAUUUCCUGGCAGAUAUGACCCCUGAAGGAAAGAACUUUGCAUACUCAGACGAAGAGGAGAAGCGUUUUCGAGAGCAUCCAGAGGAGCUGAAAGAGCUUCGGCAGAAGAUGGAACACGUCUUCAACCAGUAUUUCUUCGUCUUCCUCAAGGAUUCGCCGUAA